UUUUAACUGUUUUCUACCCCUCCUCACAAAGCACAGGGCUCUAUUUUUCUCAUCUGGGUGUUUUAUUUUAUUUUAUUUUAAUUUUUUUUUUUUUGGUGGAAGUAGGGAUCUGACUGGUGCCCUGGUCCUUUUGCACCUCCCCAUACCUGAUCGCUCCUUUCCCUGGCCCCUUUCCUACCUUCCUGCUGCCACAAGAGACCACACCAUGGCUCGGAUGAACCGGCCAGCCCCUGUUGAGGUCUGCUACAAGAACAUGCGGUUCCUCAUCACUCACAACCCUACCAAUGCCACCUUGAACACCUUCAUUGAGGAUCUAAAGAAGUACGGGGCCACCACUGUGGUUCGAGUAUGCGAGGUGACCUAUGACAAGACCCCACUGGAGAAAGAUGGUAUCACUGUCAUGGACUGGCCUUUUGAUGAUGGAGCCCCCCCUCCUGGCAAGAUCGUGGAAGACUGGCUCAACCUGCUGAAAACCAAAUUUUUUGAAGACCCUGGCAGUUGUGUUGCUGUCCAUUGCGUGGCUGGUCUGGGGCGGGCUCCUGUCCUCGUUGCUCUGGCUCUGAUUGAGAGUGGGAUGAAGUAUGAAGAUGCCAUCCAGUUUAUUCGACAGAAGCGAAGGGGUGCCAUCAACAGCAAACAACUCACAUACCUGGAAAAGUACCGGCCAAAGCAGAGACUUCGAUUCAAGGACCCACACAACCACAAGAAUAAAUGCUGUAUCAUGUAACCUUGGCAGCAGCCUCUCGCCAAACACAUUUACACCUGACCCUCCCUAGACCACCCCCCCUCUCUCCUCCUCCUCUCUCUCUCU